AUGCCAAAAGGGACAAAGUACAUCAUCGGGGGCAAUCGAGGGCUCAUUAACCCAGAGCCCGAUGACCUUGCAAAACUCGAGAAAGUUGAGUCUUCUGUGAGCUCGAAUACCAAGAAAAAUAGAUUUCGCAGACAUUGCAGGCGAUUCUGGUGCAUAUAUCUCAUCGCCAAUGUCAUCUUUUUGGCUAUACUUUUACCGAUCUUCUUUCUAGUUGUGAUUCCUGCUAUCGCGCAACUCGUUGUCAAUAAAUCAGAUCUAGUAAUCGUCAACGCAGAGGUCAUGAACCCAACACCAACUACAGUGGAAAUGACACUAGCAGCAAAAGUUGAUCUCAAGCUUGCUCUGGGAGUUCGACUCGAUCCUGUGGUGUUCUAUACAUUUGUGCGCUCAUAUGGCCAUGAAAGCCCUUGGGGAGGAAUCGAUAUACCUGGGCAAACCAUCAAAGGAAAUUAUACGCUUGCAGUCAACAAUCAACACACACCACUUCUCAAUCUGACUACAUGGACUGCUUUUGUGAACCAGACUGUCUUCCAGAAGGAAACAGCACUAUCACUUUAUGGAGUUACUGAUGCGUAUCUUGGAGUGUUGAAAUCCCACGUCACACUGAAUAAAGAUGUGAUUAUACCAACUCUGAACAAGUUCGAAGGAUUCUUCAUAGCAGACAGCACACUCGUCUUACCAGCAGAAGAUGACGGAGCCAACCUGAUCGCCAAUCUUACGCUCCCAAACCCGACUGCCCUCACCUUCCAAGUGGGCACCAUUACACUUGACUUAAAGAGUGGCGAUACGAAUUUGAUCAUUGGAAACGCGACGGUCAAGGAUGUUAUCCUGCGUCCAGGAAACAAUACAUUCCCACUGAGAGGCGUGCUCGAUCUUAAAGGGGUGCUGGCGAAUCUGGCUGAAGUCCUUGCUUCACAAAGCACCGCAAUUAGAACAGGCGACUUAUCCCUCACAGCCGUGACACGAACAAUUCUUUCGAACGGCACUUUGAUCCCAUACUAUACUAAAAUCCUGGGAUCAUUGCCCUUGGUAGCAAAUGUGGGCAUCGGUGACGUCCUUCAAAACACACUGAAGUACCUAGGCUCCAAUGGAGGUUUAAAUCUGACAGGCGCCCUAUCCGGUCUGAUCGACGAUAAGCGUAGACGAGGUCCCGUUCUCCUAGACGGUCCAGGUGGAUACGGACGCGACGCAUUCAGGCAGGUGACCAGUCUGAAACAGAACACACAUAUCCAAAAGAUCUUUGAGGAUGAAAGCCCCGAAAGACGAGAUGCAGUGAUAGAUUCACUAGCGACAUAUUAUGCCUCCUUAUGA